AUCUACAACUUUAUCCAUUGUUUCCUAAACUCAAUUCAUGGCAGCAAUCAUCGAGCCUGAGACCGUUCGCCCAUUGGGGCAUUAUCCAGAAACAGUGUGGGAUCAUGAAGACUUUGCUUCCUUCGGCUCAAAUGAUUCAGCAUUAUACUCAUACACAAAACAAGUAGAUGAGCUGAAAAUGCAAGUGAAAGAUAUGCUGAUUAACCCUACGAUUGAUCCGGUUGAGAAAGUGAAGUUCAUUGGCUCACUAUUUCGCUUGGGUGUGUCGUACCAAUUCAAGAUUGAGAUUGAAGACCAAAUGAAUGAAAUUUCCAAUCUUCCACUUAACCUUGAUGAUCAUGACCACGAUCUAUACACCGUGGCUGUUGUAUUUCUAGUAUUUAGACAACAUGGCUUCAAAAUGUCCUCUGAGGUUUUUAACAAAUUCAAGAGCGAUGACGGUAACUUCAAAGAGAGCCUAACUAAUGAUGUCAAUGGGAUUCUAAGCCUUUACGACGCUGCCCAUUUUAGUCUACAUGGGGAAGAUAUUUUAGACCAAGCCCUUGCUUACACAAGUGCACAACUUGACUUGUUGACUAGCCAAUGUGAGCCUCAUCUUGCUAAACAUAUAGCCCUUGCCUUGCAACAUCCCUUUCACUUUGGCAUAGAAAGAAUUAAAUCAAGGGAAUACAUCUCCUUCUAUGAACAAAUGGAGUCUCACAAUGAACUUCUACUCAAGCUUGCGAAACUAGACUUCAAUCGUCUACAAUUACUGCAUCAACAAGAACUUAACGAGAUCUCUAGGUGGUUUGAGGACUUGAAGCUCGCUUCGCGAUAUUCUUAUGCGAGAUCUAGAAUUGCCGAAAUCUACAUGUGGACUAAUGCUGUUUACUUUGAGCCACAAUACCGAAGUGCUCGGAUAAUGCUUACCAAAAUUGUCAAAUUGAUAUCAAUCAUCGAUGAUACGUAUGAUUCCUACGCUACAAUUGACGAACUUCGACUAUUGACAAAUGCAAUUGAGAGGUGGGACAUUAAUGCUAUUGAUGAACUACCGGACUACAUGAAAUUCCUUUAUAGCACUAUUUUGAAUCUUUACGGGGAAUUUGAGACUGAACUAGAAAGUGAAGGCAGAUCUUAUGGGGUAUCUUAUGCAAGGGACGCGCUAAAACUCAUUGUGAAAGCAUACCAUAUUGAGGCAGAGUGGCUGAACAAAGGCUAUGUUCCGUCAUUUGAUGAGUACAUGGAAAAUGCCCUAAUUACAAGUGGUUAUCAUACAAUUGCAAUAUCAUCAUUCCUUGGAAUGGAAAAAAUUGCAACGAUGGAGGAUUUUGAUUGGCUAAACGGAUUUCCAAAGAUUGAUACGGCUGUGCAAGUUAUUUGUCGUCUCAUGGAUGACAUAACAUCACGGCUGGUUGAGAAAAAGAGGGUACAUGUCGCAACCGGCAUCGAGUGCUAUAUGAAGCAAUAUGGCUCAUCUGAGGGAGAAGCGAUAAGAAACUUUCAGAAAACGAUUGCAAGUGCAUGGAAAGAUGUAAAUGAAGAAUGCAUGAGACCAACUACUGUCUCCAUGGAUCUCCUAAUCAGGUUCGUUAAUCUCGCGCGUGUCAUUGAAAUCCUUUACAAGUAUGAAGACAAAUUCACCUAUAGUGGGACUUUGAAGGACUACAUCAAGUCAUUGUUCGUCGAGCCCAUACCAAUGGAAGAAGAGGCUAUAUAGGCCGAUUGAUUCGAGUCCUUUAAGAUUGAAGUUUUACGUUAUGUUUACAAUAAGAUGAUUUAGAAUUCACUCAUGUGUUUUCCAAAUUAUAUUGUUUGUGAUAUUUGAAAUUUCCGUUUUUUAUCAACGGGUGAGAAUCCUUGCCAGUUGAGUUGUCCAAAUAUUGUCAGUCGUGUUUGAAUUUAUGUAUGAGAGCAUCCUUCUUUUGUAAGA